UAUAUAUACAUCUGCAUAUGUCAUGGUAUGUCAUUAGUGAUCAGCUGUUUGUCAAAAAUAUUUUAACGCAUACAAACUUUUGUAGAUUUUUAUGUAAUAUAAGACCGAUAUAUAACUCAUGAAGAUAAAUUAUAGUUUUCAAUAUGUAUAUUUACAAUUACAAUGAUAUAAAUUCCUGUAUCAUGGAACAAAAUUAUCUACUAAUUCCAGACGAUGACGUAGCGUGAUAUAAUGAUUCCAACAAAGAGUUAAACAAUGCUCAAUAUAAUAAGAGUUUUAAAUACGCGUUGUAUGCGCGUUCUAGUUAAUAUUAAUACAUUUUAACAGUUUAUUAUUACGUUGUCAUAUAGUAAAAUCAGUUUCUUUUAUGUAAUUUAAUUUUGCACAGUGAUGUAUCAUUGUUCACAGUAUAAUUUAUAAAAAAAUAAAAUGGAACGUAUAAAUAUUAUAGGAUGGAAACGUUAUGUGCUGGUACAACCACCUUUAAUGAUGAUGAUAUUUGCUCAAGCAAUAACAAGUAACAUUUUAACAGAUUUAAUAGUAUAUCGUACCUGUAGUAUAACAUUAGACAUAAAUAAAACAGAAUGUUUACUAUUACAUAAAAAUAGCAGCUGCACAGAAGCAUUGAAAAUAGAUGAACAAGUUCAGCCUAAAGCAAGCUUAAUUUUGAUGAGUAAAUCAUUUAUUGAAAGUAUUAUACCUGCUUUACUAUCUUUAUUUUUGGGACCAUGGAGUGAUCUGUAUGGAAGGAAACUUAUUAUAUUAUCAGGAUACGCUGGUAAAUCACUGACGUAUUUCAUUCUAUCUAUUAUGACCAUUUAUGAUAUCAGUCCAUGGUUUUUAUUAAUUGCAUAUAUUCCAUAUGCAUUCUCUGGAGGAUUUAGUAUAAUUUUAUUGGGUACUAUUUGUUAUAUUUGUGACAUAUCAAAUGAACAAGAAAGAGGCUGGCAAUUAGCUUGGAUGGAGGCUUUAAUAUCUAUUGGUGUUUUAACUGGUAUAUUAGCUGGCCCUGUUAUUUUUCAAGCAUAUGGGUAUGUAGCUGUGUUUGGUAGUGCUGCUGUAUGUUGUGUGUUAGCAGGAUUGCACAUUUACUUUUUAGUACCUGAGACCAUAUACAACAGAAAUUCAAUAACUCUUGGAACAAUGUUUGAUAUACAUCUAGUCAAAAGACUUAUUAACACGUGUAUUCAAAAAAGAGAAGGAUUCAAUAGAUAUAUAGUUUGGUGCUGCAUAACUUCCAUUAUUUUAAUGGUUGUAGUCUUAGAAGGAGAAAUGACUAUUGGCUUCUUAUUUGUAAAUGCUAGACUUGGUUGGGAUGUAAAUACAUAUUCCAUUUAUGUAGCUACUAAUAUAAUACUCAAAAUUCUUGGAAUUCUAAUUGGUGUUAAAAUUUUGGUAGUAUUCGGAGGACUUUCUGAAGAAGUAACAGCUAUAUUAUCAUUGUUUUCUUCCUUAAGCAGUUCCAUAGUAGAAAGUUUCACAUUAAAAUCUUGGCAUAUGUAUUUAUCAGCAGUUGUAGGAAUGUUUAGUGGUGUUGCCAGUCCUAUGAUUCGUACUACAUUGUCUAAGUCAGUGCCUCCAGAGGAUAAUGGUAAGGUGUUUUCUAUGACAGUAUCUAUUGAAACAUUGACUCCAUUUUUAGCAUCUUCUUUAUACAGCAUAAUUUAUUCAUAUUUUAUGCCACCUAUAUACCCAGUACCUGUAUGGUUUGUAUCUGUAGGUAUUUUUAUCAUUGUAAUAUUUCUGUUGAUAAACAUAAAAAUUCAAAGUACAAGACAAAGUAACCCUGUAAGAUAUGUGCCACUGCCACAAGAUAGUGAAAUAUUAACAUAAUUUUACAUCAAUACUGCGAUGCUGUAAAAAACUGUGGUUAUAAAAAAAGAUAUAAUGAAUGUACAUAUAUUUUGUAACUUUUUUAAUGCAAAAAUAUAAAAUAAAAUUGAA